AUGGAGGAUACUGUACAACUGAGAAAUGCAUUCAACUCUACGCAUGACUUUCUCUAUCCGGUGUUAAACAAAGAGAAGAUACAGGAGUCUCAUGGCGGCUCGCUGGUUGAAAUUUUGAACAAGAAUCUUCCCAUUGGAUACUGCCAAAAUGACACGCCAAGGUUCCGUGUCUUGCAGCGAGCAUUGGAGCUGCUGUCCGGCAUCCAUGAUGCCUUUGUGGCUGGCCUUACCUCGCAACCUGUAACCCAAAUUUCAUCUGGAGGGAAUCCUGAUUUGCUACUGGAAGACGCAAGGCGCCGUCGCGCUCUGAAUGCUCUGCUUGAUCUUUUAUCAUUUGAAGGCAUAUACCCUUGUUUAUCCAAUGGCGUUGGCAUUCCGAUGGACAAACGCGUUGUCUCGGUUCUUCCAACCGGCGUCAUCGCAAGACAAAUACCAAGAGUUAACGUACACAGGGGUAUUCUGAAAAUAAUCGUCAAUAACCUAGCUAAUAUUCUACAAGACGGCAGCACAUCUAUUCAACCCAUCAUCACGAACAGAAUCCUUCCCGACUUAAUUUGUGGAGUUGCAGAGUUAGCCUUCAAUUCUAAGGAUCUUUCAUAUUCGGAUGUCCAUGCGUAUGGAAAUAUAUUUAGGGGCAUUUUAAACGAAUGCUCUACGACCACUCUACUGCCAGUGCUCUCAUCCUUACUGCAAUCAAGUACUGCUCCAUGGUUCAAGGCUCAAGUCUCUUCACAGCUAUCCCAAGUACCACUACGAAAGGAUGGGGUGUUUCAAACAAUUCUAUUUCUUGCUUCUCAGUUCGCUCCAAUACUAGGUGAGGCUGCUGCAAAUGUCUCUGCUGAAGGCCCCCCCAUCACCAUCCAUGCAAUCAUGCAGACUUCGCAGCUGUUAUCUUCUGUACCUCAAGAAAUGUCCCCAGAAGAUUAUUUCAGCAACAUCUCCCCAAAAAUUCUCGCUUUACUUGAUGGGGAUGACUAUGACAUGAAAAAAACAGCUUCCUACGUAAUUGGGAAUGGUAUUCUCAGCAAACGCGCUUUGGGUGCCCCCGGAAAAAUCGGCUUUAAUAUUUUUGUCCGCCCAAUUUUCGACAUAUUGAAUGGCAAAGUCUCGGAUCUCACCACCGUAUGGCUAAGAACGUUCUCCUUUGAUGGCUCUGUUGCUCCGGAUCAUAAUGUGGCAACUCUUAACGGGCUUAUUGUCGUACCCGAAUAUUUGCUCCUACGAGCUUUGAAUAGGUUAAUCAACCUGGUGACUCUACACCCAAAUCCCAGCCUGCUUAAACGUCUCAUAAAUCCAGUUCUCCUACCACUCUGGGGACUACAGUGCUAUGCCAAGGAACACCAAAAACACUGGUGGGAAGAGAAAGUAGCCCGCCUAUUGCAUGUUUUCUUUAGUGUAAGUGACGAAGUUUCACGACUGUUGAAACUUGCGGAUAAUAUUUUAUGGGAUGGAUUAUCAACCUUGGUUUACGGCCCCGGUGAUGAUGGUGGCAUUUCAAUUCGGCAGCGUGAGAACAGAGAGUCAACUGAUGAGGGUAACGUCUUUGAAAUUAUUAACAACUUAGAUUGGCGGAUUGAUAAAUACCUAGAGCUUCUGGCUGUAGAACCACGGAAAGAGGAAUUUGCUUGUGAUGUCUUCCUUCAUGCAAGCCAGCAAUGGCUCCUUGGGAAGUCAGCCGACAGGGAUAAGAAAAAACUAGAGAAUAGCUUAUACCCUGAAUUGCAGAAGCUUGUUCAUGCUAAAAUCACAGAGAAGCUCCUAAACGAUUUCAAAGACUCGCUAUCUCGCCAUCCGACCAAAGUCCUGGAGCUCAUUAGGCAAUUAGUGGAGAGUGAAUCUAGGUUUGUUACCUGCACACUUCCCAAGGAUACCGAGUGCCGCGACACUAUCUCUUUCGCGUCCGUUAGCAGCAUCGUUGAAAAGGGGGGGUAUUCAACGCAAAGCCCUUCUAUGCCAGAAACUUCCGAAUCACUAUCUCCUGCGUUUAGCUUGCUAUCGACAAUUCUAACUUCUCCGGAGUUUAAAGUAUCGGAUUCAAUCGCAUCGAUCUUGCAGUCUUUGAAAUCUAACAUAGAUUCGAUUUUACCAGUUCUUCCGUCGAGUCUGGUGCAGUCAGCAACAACCUGCUCUAUGUUGCUUGAUAUCACAUUAUCAGACCAACAACCGGACCAUAUCGCAUCUCCGCCUAGGGCUUCUCAUAUCUCUGAUCUUGAAACACAUAGACAAGCUCUAAAUGCGUUAUCAUCUCACCUCCCUCCUGUUCAAGUGGAGGGUAUUUCUCUUAUAUCGCAACUCAUAAAUAAGGCAUCCCCAGUACUUGACAUCCCGGCUACCCUCUCACUUCUAUUUUCCAUCUUAACGAGCACGAAUGAGGUGGCUACUGAUGAUGAAUUUGUUUAUCUCAAUGUGAUCAAGGUACUGAGCUCAUUGGCAUCACGCCAUCCCAAAACGACCAUCAAAACGCUGGCGGAUCACUAUGCAGAUCAAGGUGAAGUUUUAACGCUUGAUCAGCGGCUUAAAAUCGGAGAAGCGUUGCUCAGAAUAGUCCAGGAUCUAGGCGACGCCUUGAUUGGAGAUGAAGCAAAAAUCCUGGGAGAGGUUCUGGUUGAAGUUGCUAGUAGACGGGGAAAAAAACCAAAAGCCAGGCGAGAACGGGAGCAACGGCUCAAGAGUGAAAAAAAAAACAGCGAAGAGCUAGAUGAAAUUUCGAGAAUUGCAGAGCAGCUGAGCACUGGGUUAGAUUCUGAAGAAGAAGACGAAACAACAAAAGAAGCUUCACGAAAAAUUCUGGGUGCCUGGGAAGCGGGUGCAACUAGAGAUACUGUCCCAGAUGAUUUGCGUGUACGUGCCUCAGCAUUGUCGAUUCUUGCGUCUGCAAUCAAAACAAAUAUGGCUGGUUUGGGGCCGACAAUUACAUCUGCGUCCGUUGAUCUAGCUCUCUCCACCCUCACUCUCGAGUCUGGAGUGGAAAACGCAAUCCUGCGACGCGGCGCUGCCGUGCUGCUUUUUGACCUUAUCAAGUCGAUGGACGACGCCAGAGAAUCGGGACGAGAGCUUGGCUUUGGGUUUUCUACCACCACCUCUCCGCCAUCUACGUACCCGCCACAAGAGCAACCCGCCCUGAACAACAAGGUAGUCGGCAAUGUUCCCGAUAUCCUUCGCGUGUUGAUGUUUGUGGAAAGCAAAGAAACGGAUACUGUGACUCGCGGCCAUUUGCACAUGGUGAUUGAAAGUUUGGAAGCCUGGCUCGAAAAGUCGCUGCUAUGGGGUAUCCGCGCACAUCAGGGCGUCAUAGGACAGCCUCAGCUUCCACUAGGAGACCGACUAGCAGGCUUGAAUAUUCAUCCUCUGCCGACUGUGGGCAGAAGUGAACCAGGAGUGGCACAUCCCAGGAUUGAGGAAAUCGAAUAA